AAGGAGGAGAUGAAGCGCCAGAAAGAAGCUGCCGUCUUCAAAGCCCAACCCAGCCAGGUGCUACACCAGGAGCCUUUCCUUCCCAAGAAAGACAGCAAGCUGCUUUUAGCCCCCGAUCCCUUCGUGCUGGCCACCGAACUACGGGCCAAGGAGCGUCUGGAGUUCGAGAAUCGGCUGGCCGAGCUGGAGGCGGAGAAGGCCCGGCUUCAGGAGGCCACCCGGAGGGUGGAGGAGGAACGAGCCAAAGAGGAGAGGGCCAAGCUGCGAGAAGAGCUGGUGCACAAGGCCAACCCCAUCCGCAAAUACGCCAACGUGGAAAUCAAGCCCAGCGACCACCCACUGACCGUGCCGCAAUCUCCCAAUUUCUCCGAUAGGUUUCAGCGUUGAGCCCUGACGCCCGUCCGACUGCACACUCAGAAACUUCUUUUUCUGGUCUUUUUUUGAGACUUCUUGUC